AUGGCACCAGCGGGCUGGCACUCCAUCACGCCCACUGGGCUGGCGGCCAACAUCUAUGGCACUGCUUUGGCUUUUUCUAUACUGUCUACCAUCGUCUUGGCCCUGCGGAUGGUCGCGAGGCUCGAGAUGAACCAGUUCAGCCUGGAGGACUACCUCAUUGUGUUCUUGUGGCAGGUCUUCUUCCUCAGCGGCCUCGUCUUCAUCAAAGUCAGCAUCUGCCUGACCCUGCUCCGCAUCGCCUGCCAACCUAUAGCGGCCACAUGGGGCGAGGUAAAGGGGACUUGCUUGCCGAGCACGAUCACCGUCAGCAUCACCUUCAUCAUCUCGGCAUUCAACCUUAUUACUGAUGUCACCACGGCGCUGUUGCCUUUCCUUAUGCUUAAGGAUGUGCAGAUGACCAAGAAAAACAAGGUGGCCAUUAUCGGUAUCCUGUCGCUUCGCGUCCUGGCUUCUAUCGCCACUAUUGCACGUCUCCCUUUCGCGCAUGCGUAUUUCUCUCCCACGAACUAUUUGGAGGGCAUCGGCGACAUCAUCCUCAUCGCCGGCUCCCUCCCGAUGCUGCGCACCCUGUUCAAGUCCAUCAAGGGCUCGAUGCAGCAGAAGUCGACCCACAACACGAACUCCACCGAGCUGCUGCUCGGCGAGCGCAUCGUCAUCACCGUCGACCACCACUUCGGCCACGAGCCCCGCGCCACCCCCGAGAGCGAGCUCCGGAAGGCCGUCGUGUUUGCCGACAUGAACACGGAGACGGCCAAGGCGUGGUCGGAGGAGAGCAAGAAGUACGCCAGCAACCAGGAGUACCAAACCACAAUCUUUGAGAUGAACGUCCGAGACGACAAGUCGGUCCAGGCCAUGGUCGAUUUCGUGGUCAAGGAGUUCGGACGUCUCGACUACGCCGUCGACAACGGCGUGCAUGCACCCAUUGCAGAGACCGACAUGGACGAUUUCGACAGCAUAAUGAACAUCAACGCCCGCGGAAACCUCUGCGUAAAGGCGCAGGUCGCCGCCAUGCUCAAGCAGGAACCCAAGACCUGUCGAGUUGCAGUGACACCAAGUUGGUUCUACAAGAAAUUUGUAGAAGAGGAGCAAUGGGUCGACGAGCAGACUUGUCAAGAGAUAUUCGCUGUGUGCCAGGCACUUCCCGGGCCCGCGAGCACGAAGAUGAUAUACUGCAUCAACUCCAUGCAUGGGCGGUUGGACGAUGGGGGUUUUGUCUUUCGCCUUGUGGAGUCUCCCUGGAGCUCUUGGGAUGUAUGGACUUUCGCCCGGGAUAUCUCAACGGUGCAGCUGGCGGAAAAGGCCAUUACCAACAAGGUGACGCGAAUCGUCGUCUGCCUUGGCGGUGCUGCCGGCAUCCUGUACUCUUCUCUGUGGUACUUCCCCCUGCUCAUGGUCGCUGCCGGGCUGGCAACGGAGCUGAGGUCCCGGAGGUGGCUGGUGUCGCUGCUGAGGGGGGUCAACGCGGCGGCUGUUGGCCUGGUGUACACGGUUUUGUACAGGCUUUGGCAGAUCGGCCUCUUGGAUGAGGCGAGGGGGAAUGGUAGCCCGCUUGGCGGUGACCCGUGGUGGGUUGCUAUCACUGGGGCAAGCUUUGUUGGCGGGCGGUGGUUUGGGCUGAGUGCGCCGUUGGCGAUAUUACUUGGGGGUGUCUUAGGCAUGGUUUGGCAUGCCAUUGUUAAAGCUUAA